GGGCAGCCAGUUGGAUGCUGCUGUAGUGAGUAGAGAUCACGCCCACUUCCCUGUCUCUGCACUGUGCUGUCUCUCUCUCUGCUCUCACCGAGUUAAUGUGGUAACGUUCCAGCACUAGGGGAUGUAAUAAAGGAAGGAAGUCAUGGAUCCAGUUGAAGAGAAAACAAGCAAAACGGUCGACAUUUAUCGCGAUACAUGGGUCCGCUUCCUUGGUUAUGCCAAUGAAGUCGGGGAGGCUUUUCGUGCUCUGGUACCAGUGAGUUUGGUAUGGGGCAGCUAUGCUGUGGCCACUAUGUACGUUACUGCUGAUGCUGUGGACAAAGGGAAGAAAGCAGCUCUGGCCCACGGGGACAACCCAGGGAAGACGACACGAGUAGCGGUGGCAGUGGUGGACACGUUUGUGUGGCAGGCCCUCGCCUCUGUGAUCAUCCCGGGCUUCACCAUUAACCGUGUAUGUGCUGCGUCACUACACCUGCUGGGCAGAACCACCAAGUGGCCCCUGCCUGUGCGCAAGUGGACCACUACAGCGAUAGGCCUCUCUACAAUCCCCUUCAUUAUUUCUCCUAUAGACAGGUCAGUGGAUUACCUGCUUGACUCUAGCCUUCGGAAGGUCUACAAUGAGGAAGAGAAGCACAAAUAAGGACGCAUCGUGCCGACCAAAAGGUUCCCUCCUGGGUAGAGACCAGUCCAGUCUACGCCGACCUGUGCUGGUUAUCCACCACUGUGAAGCACUAGUGUGAAGAAAAAUUUCAUGGGGCAGUUAUUCAAAUAUAUAAACAAAACAUUUAUUUCAUAAUUAUAACAUUUAUAUAAGUAAGUUAAGCUGUUCUUGCUUCGUGAAAUAACCCCUUGGGGAUCCUUAAUUUCAACCUCUUAGGGUAAUUUGGAUAGUGACACCAACAUUUUCUAAAACAGGAAUGUAACGUUAUGAAAUAUGUAUAAAUACUCAGUGAAAUCUUGCUUCUUGAGUUUACCUCAUGUCCAGAUGUCAAGGAGAUUAAAUACAAAUCCACACUUGCUGUGUUUAUUUGCCAUAGUGGUACUGUUAUUACAAGCCAAAUAAGCCAGUUUGCCAUAAUGUCCUUCUUAUUUAUUACUUACUUAAAGUUAGUCUUUGACUGUUUGUUUUUUUCUUUCUGAAUACAAAGGUUACUGCCACUUUAAAUAGUCCUCCAAUGGACUUUUUCAUUGUUUCAUUUUACUUUGUUGUUGGUCAUGGGAGUUAAAGUUUCCACUAGGACUAUUUAUUACACCACGGUUACAAUCUAUAUUAUUCUAAAUGGUAUAAGGUUCUUUUAAACUAGGAAUACUUGUACCAUUAAAUAGAAUUUCAAAUAUUUGAAUUAUUUCUCACCAAUAUCUAAACUGUAUUCUGAAGAUACAAGACUGUAACUUCUUCUGAAAAGGCAUACCAGUUUCAGACAUCUGUAGCUAAUUUAAAACUGUUUUGAAAUAUUAGACUUCUCCAAACAAGCUUUUAGUUUUGGGUGUACAAUUUAAACAGGAAUUCCAUCAGGAGAUUCCCAUCUAGUACAUGUGAAUUAAAUUUAAUGUUGAACUUUUCAAAUACUUGUGGAGGUUAGCGUCAUACUUAUGCAGAAACGGGUUCUUUUACAGAUACUGUACAUCUGUAUAAUUUCUUAUGCAUUUCUUUGAGGAGCCAAGUCAUAUAUUGUACUUAAAUAAUCACGUCAUUAUUCUGAUGGAAUUACAUUUCACUGGGAUUGUACCUCAUACAACACAGAUUCAUUGGUCGAUAUACUGUAUCUCAUGCUGAACUAUGCAAGGGAAACUCUGGAAUGUGUACAUACAUUAUCUUUGCAAAUGACAGGGAUUGUUUUCCCGCUGUUGUGAAAUAAGAAGGGAAAUCUUAUAUGAAAUGUAGCUUGAAAUUAGACAGAGGAACAUGCUGUAUUGGUAAUGGUUAUCAUUGCCAACACAUAUUUACAGUGUACCAUUUUAGCAAUAAGUUUAGUUUCAUGUGUUUGUGUCAAUCCAUAUUCUUUGUCAUGGAGAGUUAUGCUGAAAGAAACACAAUUGUUAAAACUUGGGGUGCACCAAUUAUGUUUUUACUUGCUGAUGCAACCUGUUCAGUAUUAUUUAAUCAAACCAGAUCAGGUCAGAGUGCACAAUGUUUUUUUUUUUGUCAUUUUAAAAGAUUCAAAAAAAAAUGUGCUCAAGGCUCCAGUGUGUGCAGUUUGGGAUGUUUAAAUUCACUUUUACCUUGUGUAAGGGUAUGGGUCCAAAAUGUACUUCUUCCAUUCAUCAGCCAAAUGGCUAGUGAAUGUUCAAAUUUUACCAGCCACGCAAUAGAUUACAAUUGUUUUUUGGCUGAGUGAACCAAAUCUACUUGACACUAUUUUACCAGCAUUUGGCUAGUAGAUGGUGCUAAUUUUUGAUGCUGGGUAUGGAUAUUUUUAAUGUUAGGCAUUUUGACUUGUCAUAGCAGGGAAACUACAAGUAAGUAAUAAAGGCCCAUACUUUCUUUUAGUGUCCCAGUAAGCCAGUGAUUAAGUGUGUAUUGUAACAUGGCCCUGGAACGAGGCUUUAAUUAGCAUAUUGGUGCACCCCAAUCUAUUCAUAUUCAGUUUUACCAUUUUAGAUUGUACACAGAACUUUUGGGUAUUUUUAUUGUUGCAUGCUCCAAAUAAAAAGGAACUGUUUACUUUU